CCACCUCAUCUGACGGUCCCGUUCCUCAUCCUGAACUAUCCCGUGUGUCCUGGUCUUUCCUACCUAUCCCUCCUCUCCUCGUCAUUUACUGACCUGGUUUUUGUUUUUGUGGCGGUUUCCUCUAAAGAUGGCCUGUCAGGGGCUCCAGCAAGGGGAAACCCUGGCGUCGCUGAAGAGGGAGAGCGAGACUCUGAAGAAGAAGCUGGAGGAGGACCGGGGCAAGCUCAACGACGUGGAGCUGCACCAGGUGGCUGAGAAGGUCGAGGCAUUGAGUGCCCUCUCCAUAAAGACCAGACGUGUGCUAAAGGGUCAUGGCAACAAGGUGCUGUGUAUGGACUGGUGCAGAGACAAACGCCGUCUCGUCAGCUCCUCACAGGAUGGGAAAUUGAUUGUCUGGGACGCUUUCACUCUAAAUAAGGAACAUGGGGUGAGCCUGCCGUGUACAUGGGUUAUGGCAUGUUCUUAUGCUCCUUCAGGCUGUGCUGUGGCUUGUGGUGGAUUGGACAACAAGUGUUCAGUGAUUCCACUAUCACUGGACAGAAAUGAGAACUUGGCUGCAAAGAAGAAGUCUGUCGCCAUGCACACUAACUAUGUAUCAGGAUGCACCUUCGCCAACUCGGACAUGCAGAUCCUGACCUGCAGUGGUGACGGAUCAUGUGCAUUGUGGGAUGUUGAGAGCGGGCAGCUGCUGCAGAGUUUUCAUGGUCACACAGCUGAUGUCUUGUCCCUGGACCUCUGCCCGUCUGAGACUGGAAACACUUUUGUCACUGGGGGCUGUGAUAAGAAGGCCAACGUGUGGGACAUGCGCUCUGGACAGAACAUCCAGUCUUUUGAGAGCCACGUGUCUGAUGUUAACUGUGUUAAGUACUACCCCAGUGGAGACGCAUUUGCUUCUGCUUCUGAUGACUCCACGGUCCGUUUCUAUGACUUGCGAGCUGACCGUGAGGUAUCCGUCUACCAGAAGGACAACAUCAUUUUUGGAGCGUCCACUGUGGACUUUUCUCUAAGUGGUCGUCUGCUUUUUGUCGGUUAUAAUGACUACACCAUCAAUGUGUGGGACGUUCUGAAGGGAACUCGUGCCUUGUGUCUGUUCGGCCAUGAGAAUCGCAUUAGCAGAGUCAGAUUGUCUCCUGACGGCACGGCGCUCUGCUCAGCCUCCUGGGACAACACCUUAAGGAUUUGGGCAUAAAUUUCAUAUCACAGUCACAAUUCACAAAAGACAGCACCAGCAUCGUUGUGGACACCAAAAACAGCAAAUCCCUCCCUGCCUGAAAUCAACACUACAGCAGAAGUGUGAUGAAUGAGCAGACCUCGAAUAUCUCCUCUGAAUGAGGAUAUAUAUCAAUGUAUAUUACAAUAUUCUUUAUAAUAUAUUUAUUUCAGUAGACAUUUGAUGAUAAUUGAAGUCCUAAUCUCUGUAUCAUUAGCUUUAAUGACAAACUGUUUAAUUAUUAAGUGUUGGUGCUAAUAUGAGUCAGUGUAAAGAGCCAAAUUGACCUGUGGUAACCAGUAGCACGUUGGCUCACUGAUAUCACUGAUCAUCUUAUAAAUUAUCUUAACAGUUUGCUGUCACAGGUCCUGUUAGAAACACACUUGUGAGAGUAUGCAGUAUUGUUGUUGUUCCAUAAGUGGUUUUUGACAUACUUAUCAUGAUUUUUCAGAAUAAGACCAGUCACAGAUUUUUAUCAUUUCAAUUUACAUUAAAUGUAGCAGAUUAGGAGAAAUUAUUGUAAGAAAAAUAAAGAAGAUUUUAAGAA